CGGACGGGGCUGCGGUCCCGGGGAGGUGCGGGGGCAUGGCCUGGCCCACCUCGGGGGAGGCGGCUGGGGGCACGCGGGGGUCCCUCGCGGCCCGAGCUCCCCGGCCUCCCGCCCCGCCCGGGGCAGGCCGUGCCCCGGUGCCGCCGCCGGCAGCCAGCGAGCCUUCGCCUCUCCCUCUGCGUUCCAGGCAGGGCCAUGGCGGGGGCUGACGGUCCCACGCGGCUGCUGGAGGUGUGCGGGCAGCGGCUCUCCCGCUUCCUCCACGACGCGGAGCACAAGCGCUUGGCCUGGCUGCGGGAGGCGGAGGAGCAGGGCAUGAGGCUGCUGGAUAGCAACUUUGGGGCUGAACCUCAGCUAAUGCCCAAAACACCAUCACAGAGGAGGCGCCCCAGGAGGAGGCAGUCCUCCUGCCUGAAAGACGACAAUAAGGAGCCGAACAGGAGGAGGUUGUCCAGACGGAGAAGCAGCAUUAAGAUGGUGUCUUCCAAGCCAAAUUCCCAAAGGCGCCACAGCAAAGAGCACCCCCAGAACCCCAGCUGUGGGGAGGAAGAGGUGCCCGUGCCCGGCUGUGUGGCGAGGUCUCAGGCCAGCGUUAAAACCGAGCUCCCAGCACUGGUGGGGAAGUGGCCGGCGGAAGCACAAGGUCCCCCGGCAGAGGCAGAUUGCCAGGGCUGCCCUCGGGGUGCCGGUAGCAGUGACGCAGCCUGUAGGGCCGUGACGGGCGAGCCGUGGCUCGAGGGGGAUGCAGCCACUGAGCUGCACGAUGUGUCCUCUGUCACUGAGGUCCCUGAUGGCCAGGCAGCGAGGGAAUGGGAGGAGGCCCCCAAAAAGAGACCAAGUACCUCCACUCCCAAAGCUGCUAGAAAUGGAGAUCCUGCCAUGCUCCAAGGAGAUCCAUCUCCUGAAGGCUUCGAGAAGAUGCUUUUCCAGGACUCCGACAGCAAAACGACACCAGUGAGAUCCAAAACACGCUGUUGCUCUGGUCGCCGAAGCUUUGUGGGUGGCCCCCACAAGAGCCGUAGGGCCUCCUUGGCAGAGAAAUAUUCACUGGCCAGCAAAAGGGAGAGCAUGAUCCGGAGGUCUAUCAGCAGGGCCAUUUCAAAGAAGGCAGCGGCGCGAGAAUCGUCCUCUGCCUCCAGCAGAGUGAGCUCCUUGUGGCUCCCACACGCUUGGGCUGCAGUCUUCAGGCCCUCAUCUGCUGUUGGACCAAGCCUUGGGCUGAGUUUUGCUGCAGCAGGUCAAAGCUCCUUGGAGGUUUUUGUGGAAGAAGAUGUGACCAGCAGCAUGAGACCUGGACUGGACCUGAAUCCCCCAUGUGAAAAGACUCCUGAAGACACCCUUGUUUCGAGCAAAAGUGUACAAGCUGCGAGCCCUCCUGCACAGCACUUAUCUCCUCCUGAGCAGCAGGCAGGGAGCAGGGAAGGAAGCCGUGUAAAUCCAAACAGCGAAUGCCAGAAUGAGAACCAGGAACAGCCCCACUGUGCCAAGUCUCAGGAGAAUCCCUCAUGCAUCUGGAUGAGAAGCUAUAAACAAGCAAUGGGCAUUAUACAGAAUGGGCAGCAGCCGGGGGGUCAAACCCUUUCCCCUUUGGAUGACAAGCACAAGAAUUCAGCAAACCAGAAUCUAUCUUCUUCCUCUCCAGCUAGCAAGGUUGCUAGACCACUGAAAAACUUCCUGCAGGCUGUGCAGCGAAACCAGCUGUUUGCAAGCGCAGGGCCCACGGGACGUGGGGGUGUCGUAAAGAACUUCAUCAAGUGCAGUACUCCCACCCGACCCGAUCUUAAGGGAGACUUUGUUGAGAAGGAGCGGCAGAGGCUGGAGAGCCUCAGAAAGAAGCAGGAGGCUGAGGAACAGAGGAAAAAGAAAGUGGAGGAGGAAAAGAGGCGGCGGCAAGCAGAAAUGAAGCAGAAGAGGGAAGAGCGUCUGAGGAAGGCACUGCAGGCUCGGGAGCGGGUGGAACAAAUGGAAGAAGAGAAGAAAAAGCGGAUGGAGCGGAAGAUUUUACAGACUGAUGAGAAGGUGCACGCCUCGCAAGGGCGGGAAGAGAAAGUGGCAGAGGAGCAGAGCAAGAGAAAACUGUCGAAGAAGCAUGGAGAAGCUGAUGUGUGGAAGCAGAAAGCGCUGAGGAUGGAGGAAGAUGAAUUUGAGCAGCAAGAACCACUGCAGAAGAGGAGAGAGGAUGAAGUAAAAGAAAAAGGAAAGAAAAUCUUGGAACUGAAAAAUCUUGUAGAGCAGCAACAGGUGGAACAAGUGAAGGAGAGAGAUUACAAACAGCGAGGGAAAGAGGCGGCCUCCCAACCACAGCUGGAGUCAGCAGUGUUAACUGAAAAAAAACUAAAGGAAGAAGAGAGCCCAAGAGUGCUGCGCCAGCAGCCUGGGCAGAAGAGCACCAAGCAACCGGAAUGCAUUGCCGUGGCUUCUAAUACCUGGGGCAAAGUGGUAAAGGAGGAAGGUGGUCUGCAGAAGCACCAGCAGCAGCUGGGAGAGGAGAAAAAAAUCAAGCAUCCAGAAGCAUUGACUGCCUCUGGCACACAGCUGAGCAAGACUGCAAAGAAAUCUAUCUCCACAUCCUGCUUAGGGCCCCCGAAGGGCGCGAAGGAAUCCGGAUCUCCACAGGUAAACAUAAAUAAUUACGGGAUGGAUCUGAAUAGUGAUGACUCCACAGAUGAUGAGAAUGAUCCUCGGAAGCCUGUCCCUGCCUGGGCUGAUGGGUAUCAGCUCAAUCAAGCCAUUUUACACCAAUACUAUCACCCAGUGAAUGUUGACCAACUCUUUGGGCUAAUUCCAAGCCCUAAGCUGGAGGAUAUCUUUGGCAAGAGCAAGCCUCGAUACUUCAAGCGCACGAGCUCAGCAGUUUGGCAUUCCCCGCCUGGGACCAAAUCUACCUGUGGCCCAUCCUGCAACUUCAAAAACUGAGAAAAUGCCAAGAAAUGUGUUUUAUGACAAUUUGGUGUAUCGGAUCGUGUUUUCUUAGCAUGCAGCAUCUUUACAAAUUUUAAGCCUUUUGUACACAAAUAUUUAAUAAAAUCGUGUUGCAAUAAA